CCCGCUCCCCGCGCCGCCGCGCUCCUCGCCCCGCGCCUGCCCCCAGGAUGGCCCGUCCUAGGCACCAGCCCGGCGGGCUUUGCCUCCUGCUGCUGCUGCUCUGCCAGUUCAUGGAGGACCGCAGCGCCCAGGCUGGGAACUGCUGGCUCCGCCAAGCAAAGAACGGCCGCUGUCAGGUCCUGUACAAGACAGAACUGAGCAAGGAGGAGUGCUGCAGCACUGGCCGCCUGAGCACCUCGUGGACCGAGGAGGACGUAAAUGACAACACGCUCUUCAAGUGGAUGAUUUUCAACGGGGGCGCCCCCAACUGCAUCCCGUGUAAAGAAACGUGUGAGAACGUGGACUGUGGCCCCGGGAAAAAAUGCCGAAUGAACAAGAAGAACAAACCCCGCUGCGUCUGUGCCCCAGAUUGUUCUAACAUCACCUGGAAAGGCCCGGUGUGUGGGCUGGAUGGAAAAACCUACCGCAACGAAUGUGCGCUCCUCAAGGCCAGAUGUAAAGAGCAGCCAGAGCUGCAAGUCCAGUACCAGGGCAAAUGUAAAAAGACCUGUCGGGAUGUUUUCUGUCCAGGCAGCUCUACAUGCGUGGUGGACCAGACUAAUAAUGCCUACUGUGUGACUUGUAACAGAAUUUGCCCAGAGCCCACCUCCUCUGAACAGUAUCUCUGUGGGAAUGAUGGAGUGACCUACCCCAGUGCCUGUCACCUGAGAAAGGCUACCUGCCUACUGGGCAGAUCUAUCGGAUUGGCCUAUGAGGGAAAGUGUAUCAAAGCAAAGUCCUGUGAAGAUAUCCAGUGCACUGGUGGAAAAAAGUGUUUAUGGGACUUCAAGGUUGGCAGAGGCCGGUGUUCCCUCUGCGAUUCACUGUGCCCUGAGAGUAAGUCUGAAGAGCCUGUCUGUGCCAGUGACAAUGCCACCUAUGCCAGCGAGUGUGCCAUGAAGGAAGCGGCCUGCUCCUCAGGCGUGCUGCUGGAAGUGAAGCACUCCGGAUCUUGCAACUCCAUUUCGGAAGACACCGAGGAAGAGGAGGAAGACGAAGACCAGGACUACAGCUUUCCUAUAUCUUCCAUUCUAGAGUGGUAAACCCUCCACCAGUGUUCAAUGUUGACAUAGCCUUUGGGCAAAAAAAAAAAAAAAAAAGGAAAGAAAAAAAGUAAAAGAAAAAAAUACAUUGUCCAUACUGUAAAUAAGUGUAUGCCUAUUUAUUUGGGGGGAAAACUAUACAUAAAGGACCUUUGUCCUAAAGCUCUCUCCCAGGCCGCCUUGUUACUCAUUGGACCCGGAGAGGCAGUCAUUGUGAGGUCUACUGGAUGAGGCCCAUAGUUGAGACUUGUAGACAUUUAUUUAUACUGUGUCAUGUUUUAUAAUUUAUACAUAAAAUGUCUGGUUGACUGUACACCUUGUUUUUGAAGAAAUUUAUUCGUGAAAGGAAGAGCAGUUGUUAUUUAUUGUGAGGUCUCUUGCUUGUAAAGUGAAAGCUUUUUUUCCCCCUUGUAAACCAUUUAAGUCCAUUCCUUACUAUUCACUCACUCAUCUGUCUCCCUUCAUUUAACUGUCGUUAGACUCUUUUCCACUUUAACCAACUUGCAUGUCAGUUUCUGUCCUGUUUAUUUAUUGGAUUCUCUGCUGCCUGUUCUGUACAUACCUGAUCCCUCGGGUUUUGUUUACAAGGAAUCUUGACUGACCAAAAGGCAUUAUAACUCUGACUCAGAUAGCAGGUACAGAGGAUACAUCUUUGAGGAAACUCCUGUUUCUGUUCUCUUGUUGUGAUGAAGACAUCGGUGAGGCAGGUGGUGAUAGCAAUGUUGGGUUUCUAAUCAUGUACUUCUAAGAUGUUACAGAUCCAAAGAAUUGAGUGAUAUGGGUGUCAGGAGCCUGAAAGAAGGGGAAUGCUGUACAUUCAACCUUAUGUUAGGUGUUUCCUUUAAAAGCUAGUCUGCUGUACCUUUUCAAUUAGUUCUUUUCACCCAAUGCGUCAUGAAAAGUAUAUCAAAGCUUUAUCAGUUCAGGUUUCUUGCUUUUCAUAACACUUUUUUCUGAUGCAAUUUUAUAUUUUCAAACAUGGCAAGUUAAAUAUAAAUUCAUUUAAAUAUAUAGUUUUAUACUUUUCUACCAUGUAAAUGUGCAAUGUAUAUAAAAGUUAUAAUGUGUAUUUGUAAAUAAAUUAUGAGUGAAAAAAUAAAAAAAUUUUA